UAUCGCCCCAUCGUGGUUCAUCUUGUCUAUUGAAGCAUUUGUGCCCCGUUAUAGUUAUGCUGACUGACACCUAUCAGCCCAUAUCGCGACGUCUUCCGAGGCUUUGCAGAUUGCGGCAACGAAUGCUGCUCCUGCCAACAUCAUGACGCCAGCCCCAUCCAGCAGCGUCACUUUCUCGCCCGUCAAUGACGAUGAAAUGUAUUUUGAAUUUGACCAAAUCGCAAAAAGUUCCCAGUCUGACGGUGUCUUUUACGGGGUUUCUCGGCAUCAGCCGGGCCAGCGCGGUGUACCACAAACACCUGGAUCAAGCGUGUCAUCGGGGCCAAACAAGGCGGUUGAAAAAAGGCUUGCGACUGGGGAGAAGGACUCUCACGCGAUGCCAAACAAGAGCGCACCACUGGAGGAGCGUCUGGAAAGUGUCAUGGAGCAGGCAAGGGCAACGGGGUUUGGUAGCUUCGACGAGCUGGUGAUGGCGUACUACGGCGAGCAACUCGGCGAGUCGUCGCCAUUAGCCAACGAACAGAGACUUAGCCGGAACCGAAGGCUGCCUCGGGUGGUAUCUGACGUUUUUCACAGGGCAAGCGAGUGGAGCGUCUGGGAGAGGCGAGGGUUUUACGAAGAGCUGCUGAAGAUCGCCGAGACGAUGCUAACGUCAGAAGGAGCAUCGGUACGCACAGCACUGGUGACCGACAUACAGCCGAUGAUGGAAGGCGGCGACAGAGAGAAGAUCUGUCUUCGGCUCAGAAGGAUGGUGCAGGAUCUGGUUCCAAAUCUGUGGGCCCUGAACUCAGCCCUGGUAGCAAACGACAGCGCGCGGUCGAACGCGGCUUUGGGUAGCAUCCUGCUGAUGCACUGUGCUGGCAGGAUGCCAAAAGGAGAACUCCUGAGGUUACUCGAGAUGUGCCUGUAGACUAGUGGCAGACGCGGGGGUACAACGUGCAGUAGG